AUUUGGGACGUUCCGAUACCUAAACUGAUUCGAGCUGUUAGUGAGGAGCUAAAAUACUGUCUAGCUAGACAUCUCAAUAAGGUUUUAAGACACAGUCAGCCAUGGUCAGUUCCCAAAUGACUCGUGUAAACCAAAUAUGCCUUGACAGUAGUUUUCUGUUAUUUCGCCAAUUAUAUGCAACUCCAGUGAUACGUUUAUUGUACCAGCCACACACUGAUCACGAGUUGCAAGCAGUGAAAACACACAGGAUCCGGACUCCUCCGAAGAGAGUCGACUCGACUCGGGGUUUGUUGUUGGAUCAUGAAUGUGUUUAUUUUUUCCAGAAGGGAAAGAUAAUGUCAUUCGAGGCAGCUAAAGCGAGGUUAGAAACUGCAGGACAGAGCCAUGUUUUACAGUUUUGGUCUGAACUCUCUGCGGAAGAAAGCAGUGCGCUUCUGGAGGAGAUAUCUCAGCUCAAGCCCGAAGAGUUACUCGAGCACUGCCGAGCAGCUGUUGAGGCUGCAAGCCGACACUCGAGUGCUGAUGGUCGGCUAGACGCGCGGAUGGAGCCCGUUCCUCCAGAGUUCAUCGGAAGUGUGCGUAAAAGUGACGAAGAAAGACUUAAGAUGUGGGGUGAUGAAGGGUUAUUGCAGAUUUCACAGGACAGAGUGGCUGUUUUGCUGUUAGCUGGUGGUCAGGGGACUCGACUUGGAGUGCCAUAUCCCAAGGGCAUGUACAAUGUUGGGCUUCCAAGUGGGAAAACCCUGUACCAGAUCCAAGCUGAGCAUAUCCAGAAGGUGCAAGAGCUGGCCAAUUUAAAGCAUGGUUGUAGGUGCACAAUACCAUGGUAUAUAAUGACCAGUGAGUUCACUCUGGGACCCACAGAGAAGUUCUUCAGAGACAAUGAAUAUUUUGGUCUUUGUCCAUCCAACGUAGUCAUGUUUGAGCAGAGACUGAUACCAGCUGUAGGCUUUGAUGGGAAGAUCAUCCUGGAAAAGAAGAACAAAAUAGCCAUGGCACCAGAUGGAAAUGGUGGCCUCUAUCGUGCUCUAGUGGACAACAAGAUUUUAGAGGACAUGGAGAGAAGGGGUCUGGAGUAUCUUCACGUGUACUGUGUGGACAACAUCUUGGUGAAGAUGGCAGACCCAGUCUUUAUUGGCUUUUGUGUAAACAAAGGAGCAGACUGUGGUGCCAAGGUGGUGGAUAAGGCGUAUCCUUCGGAGCCUGUUGGAGUGGUGUGUCGUGUGGAUGGUCUGUAUCAGGUGAUCGAGUACAGUGAGAUCCAACCAGAGACCGCAGAGCUGCGAGGCCCAGGAGGAGAGCUCCUGUUCAGUGCUGGGAACAUCUGCAACCACUUCUUUACCCGAGGCUUCUUAAAGGAAGUGGCUGAAAAGUUUGAAAGUCAGCUGAAGCAGCAUGUGGCAAUCAAGAAAGUGCCAUUUGUGGAUGGAGAAGGGAACCUGGUGAAACCAACCAAGCCCAACGGCAUCAAAAUGGAGAAAUUUGUCUUUGACGUCUUUCAGUUCUCAAACAAAUUUGUCGCCUUUGAGGUGUUGAGAGAGGAGGAAUUCUCACCCCUAAAAAAUGCUGAUGGGGCACCUUUGGACACACCAACUACAGCACGCCGAUCCUUGUUAGCGCAACAUUACCGCUGGGCACUAGCAGCUGGUGGAAACUUCCUGGAUGAGCAAGAUAAACCCAUCCCCCCAAAACAUAGUAUGACAAAGAAUAAAGACCCCCCAGCAAUCUGCGAAAUCUCUCCACUUGUAUCAUACUUUGGCGAGGGUCUGGAAAAGCUGCUGAAACAGAAGAACUUGAAGUCCCCUUUUCUACUUGAUGAGAAUGAAGCCAAGAAUCUUGUGCAAACUACAUAGUGUUUCCAACUGAGGAUUCCAUUAUGUCUAGGGCCAGGCAAAUAUUAAAGGAAAUGAAAGGGAUGUUUAAUAAUCAAAAAUAAAUCAAAUUUGAGGUCGGUAAGAUAUUUAAAAAAUACU